ACACCGCUCGCUGCCACAGAAAAUUUAUCCAACAAAGUUACGCGACAGUUAAUACUCUAUUUUAAUAUUUUAGUGAAAAGAAAAAGUUUGGUGACUUUGUGACCUGUGUAAUCGGUUUAUUUUAGUGUUGCGGCGUGAAAAUCUAGUUUUAAUACAAUUAUUACAGGUAUUAUUUGCGAGUGUUCCAUAUUAUAUCACAUGGAUUCGAGAUGUACCACAAGGUGAGGCGAAAAAUGUACUACAUUUUGGGAGCCAUUUUAUUUUUAUUAGGACUAUCAUUCGCUCUGCCGAUAGCUUUAGACAUACCAGAGUCUUCGAAAAAUGAUAUUGAUAAUGAUAUCAUUGAUUUCGAUGAAGAAUAUUCUAUGAAAUAUAAUAAACAAUAUGGUAUUUUGCCAUGGAAUUCUGCUGAGUUUAAUAAAGAGUCGUAUAAAUAUGUCAUAGACAAUGCGACUAAAGAUUACGAUGAAAAAAGUAAAACGGAACAUCCAACCACAACAGGAAAGGAUGAAUUAAAUGUUAUACCAUUAGAACUAAUUAGUACUACUGAAAGUUCAAGAGACGAAAUAACAACGGAAGACUUGACCGUAAUACCUUUAUCAUCUACUGAAAAAACUAGUGUUUUAUUUAAUGAAACUGAAAUUAUAGUUGUAUCAACAGAAAAGUCCGAUGAUUUCAAUUCCACAACAGACUUUUAUGAAUUGACUACAAGUGAUAUACCAGUUAUAAAUGAUAGUUUAAGUUUAAAUAAUAAUGCUGUAGAAAUAACCACCGAAUUUACACCGACCAAUUUUACCACAGAGUUUAUUAAAGAAUCAAUUACAAUAACGACAAAUACAGCAUCAUUAAAUAAUUCCAAAACUAGACAAACAAAUUUCACUGAAACAAGUAAUGCAACAAUCACUGAUAGAGAUAUAGAAAGUGCAGAAAUACUGGAUGUUCCCCUGUUCACGGAAUUAGAUACCGAAGAACAGGAAGUGCCAGAAGAUUACUAUGACAAUAAAGAUAUUGUGCCAACUCCAACGCCUAAGACUGAUGCACUUUCAGUAAUCUUUGGCUUUGCUGGUAGCGUUGUAGAAGGUGUUGUUGAUAGUGUGGCGGAACGAAUUUUCCCCAAGACUUUAUAUGAUCUGUUAAAGCGAAUGCAGAAACAGAAUGAAGCGCUAGAAGCAGAAAGAUUAAGAAGUAGAGAGGAGAAUGGUGGAAUUGGUCAAUUUACACGGGGCGUCAUUAAAUCCAUAUCCAAUGGUCUCACUAGGCCGUUGAGUCAGCUAAUGGCAGGUGCCAGAGACAUAGGGUCUUUGGAUAGUGAUCGUGGCUUCGUCAGUAGUCUAGCAUCUGGUGUCACCAGCGUGGCAGAUGCUGCUAAUUCUAUGCUUGAUACGUUCAAGGAUCGAGUACAAGCUAUUUAUCCAGGGACUCUUUGGUGCGGAGACGGCCACUCAGCCCAGGCUAGGUCCAGUGAUUUGGGGCUCUUCUUCUUCACGGAUACCUGCUGUAGACAGCAUGAUUCCUGUAAGCUAUACAUUCCAGCGGGAGAGACGAAAUUUGGAUUGACUAAUACUGGUCUAUUUACGAGAUCGCACUGCAGCUGCGACGCCAAGUUCCGGGAAUGCCUAAAAAAGACCAACUCGCUCGUUUCUUCUCAGAUUGGACUAACUUAUUUCAACGUGCUUGGCCCACAAUGCUUCAGACGAGCACAUCCCAUCGUUAAAUGUGUGAGAAGGACCAGAUUGACCGGCCAAAAGUGUGAAGAAUAUGAGUUGGACUACACCAAACCCAAAAUGUGGCAGUGGUUUGACAACGAGAGCUAUUAAAAGAAACAUUUUUAUAAGCAUGAAAAGUCAAGAUAAAUACGUAAUAAUUGCCAUUUAUAUAACUUAAAAGGAAAACGUUUUUUUACGAGACAUUAGAGAUUCCAAGGAACUAAAUAUAAAUAUCAGCUCAGCAGUUGGUUGGUUAGCAAGCUUUACAAUCUGUGUUGCUAGAUCCUAUUCGGUACCGUGACCAGCGAUAAAUACUGCACAUGACCUUUAUGAGAGACAAAUUGAAAAUUUUGACAGCUCUAUAGUUCACGCAAUUAAAACCAAACAAUAAUGAAUUUGGUUUUUAAUUUAAAUUCUCAUAAACGAUAACUAUAAUAAUUGCUGGAUGUAAAAAAUUGUCUGUAUUCGGUAAUGCGAUGCCUAAUGUAUAAUAUUUACAGCCGGAUUUCGUAUUUUACAGUGUUAGAGGUUACAGUGCGUGUUGCUACUGUAUUAUAUUACCAUAAAAUAAAUAAAUCAUAGGCGCUACAACCUUUUUAGUUUUGGGCCUCAGAUUCCCGUAUCUGUUUCAUGA